ACAUCAACGUCCUAGUGAGCAACACUGACAAGCCUCGGUACCGCACAAGAAAAGGUCAAAUUGCCACCAACACGUUAGCUGUUUGUACUCGGAACAUGCAGUUUGUGUACAUGCUACCCCGUUGGGAGGGUUUGACGGGUGAUUCACGUGUACUGCGGGACGCCGUUUGUCGGCCGAAUGGACUUAAGGUCCCAGAAGGUUGUUAUUAUCUUUGUGAUAACAGAUAUGCCAAUAGCAAGGGAUUCUUGACUCCCUACAAAGGUGUCCGAUACCAUCUCAAAGAAUGGGAUCCGGGCAAUGCGAUGCCGCAAAACCCGAAGGAGAUGUUCAACAUGCGCCAUACGAGAGCAAGAAAUGUCAUCGAGCGCGCCUUUGCAGUACUGAAGAUGCGUUGGGGCAUUCUACGUGUUGCUUCUUACUACCCAAUCAAAACUCAAAUAAGGCUAAUCAUGACGUGUUUUUUGCUGCAUAAUUUUAUACGUCGCGAAAUGGCCAUUGAUCCUAUUGAAGCCCAGCUGGAUGGACUUAAUGAAUACAACUCAAACGUAUAUGACGGUGGUGUACCCGACCAUGUCGAAAACGUUGAGCCUUCUGAGGAAUGGUCUCAGUUUCGCGACAAUUUAGCUGAAAUGAUGUGGGCUAAUAGAUACCGCGGAUGA